AUGCUGCCGUGCCAAGAUCUACUGCAGGCCAACACUGAAUUUGACUCUGAGUCCUUGUCAGAGUCUGAUUCGGAUGACUCAGACAAAGAGCUUGUAUGCAUCUGUGCCACAAUUGCACCUGCUCCUGUAGAUGCAACAUCUCAGGAGCUCCGUCAGGCUCUCGAGGUCACUCAGAAGUUGUUACUCAACUUGUGUAGUACAUACUGGGAGACUAUGAAAAGGAACGCACUCCUUGAGGUGGCAACAUCCAAAGCCAAGGAAGACACCAUCCGAACUCUUGGGAGGAAGUACUCCAUCACUCAUUGCCUUUGGGUUAACGUUGAGAUCUUCCCGUUGUGUACUUGUCCAGACAUCAAUCUUAACAGCAAGGAAUUCUGGAUAAGUGGGGUGUCGAUGGAGGAUGGUGUAAAGGCUGAACUAUUCCAGUUCAUUCCCACAGAAGAGCACAAAUUGAUGAAUUAUCAGAGUUUUGGCUCUCAGUUCGGGAGGGGUGUCAGUAAUGCUCAUUCCGAAAUGGCUUCAGAUGUCAAGGCAUGUGCUGGUGCCAUCUUCAGUCUGAGUGUGAACAUCUUCAUACGGGGCUACAAACGACAUGAAGACGCCGGAUGUCAUGCACUUUUACUGAGUCCCCAUGGUGACUAA